AUGUACAACAGUGCAAGUAGAGUCUGGGAGAAGCAAAGGUCGAAGCUUCAUCUCUGGACGCCAGUGCCAGAUCCGGAAGAAGACAGCGUGGAAUACUGUUCAAACGGCAGGAUCAGGUCCGGUAAGCAGCCAGGCCGAUCGCUGAUCUCGCUGAACAUGGAUGCCCUGUGUCGUGUCCUC